UUCGUCUAUAGCGCCCAAUAGGAGUUCCGCCCUCAUUCCAAGUCGGCCGUGACAGAUUACAUGGAGGGACGCAUGAUUCCCGGGCCGCACCAAAGUGGUUCGGGUGUCCAACCCGGGCCGUCUGGUUCUGCUUCCAACCGUACCGCACCCCCUGGAGGGUCUCAGCGAGGAUAAUAGCGUCGGCACUAUCAGCAGCGACAUGCCCUUACCUUACACAGCUCGCUCGCCGAGACACUGGCGGGCGGGACCUGCCGAUGGAUUUGCAGUCACAGUUUAUUCCUCGGCUGAAGCAAGCUUCUUCAACCGUCGCAAACAUGCGCCCAAACUCCACCCCAAACAGCAUGCUGUAGAGGCAGAGUCUUGAGGCACAUUCUCUCUAGCUGGCUAGAUAGAUACAAAGACAGUUAGAUAGAUGAGGGGAGGUUAAAUAGAAAUCUAUGGCUUGGCACAUGUUGUCAGGCCAACCGGUGGAUCUAUGGGUUCCACUUAUCCAGACCAUCACCUUCCAAUACAUAUUCCGCGGUAGCCCAGGUAGCGAGUCUUCCUC